AUGUCAUCAACAACGACCGGCUCCUCUACUGUACGUGUCCGCGUGAAGCGCGUGUCUAACUACAUCACUGGAAAGAGUCUCGGGGUAGGAACCUUUGGAGACGUAAGGCUCGCCACACACCUAAUUACAGGUGAACGGGUCGCUUUGAAAGUGCUAGAUAAAAGCCGAAUUCAGUGCGAAGAUGACUUCAAACGCAUUGUGAGAGAGAUCCAAGUCCUUAAGCUCCUAGAUCACUCGAACAUUGUUCGUCUUUUAGAAGUCAUCGAUACCCCUCGUCACAUCUAUCUGGUGACAGAAUAUGUUGACAACGGAGAGCUCUUUAAUUAUGUGGUCCAAAAGCAAAAGCUCUCCGAGGAAGAGGCUUGCAAGUACUUCCAUCAGAUUGUUUCUGCACUUUCCUAUUGCCACUCUAGGAAGGUGUGCCACAGGGACAUGAAACUAGAAAACGUGCUCCUUGAUUCUUCAUACAACAUCAAGCUGAUCGACUUCGGUCUGUCCAACAUCCUUAUGUCUGACGAAGCGAAAUUCAAAACAGCUUGUGGCUCUCCAUCUUACGCGUCCCCAGAGAUGUUGAGUGGAAAGAAAUAUCACGGCCCGAGUAUCGACGUCUGGGCCAUUGGCAUCAUUCUAUUUGCCAUGAUUUGUGGGCACCUUCCCUUCGACCACGACAACACAGAGACUCUCUACAAAAAGAUCAUCUCCGGGGUCUUUCAUAUCCCUGAUCACGUGUCUCCAGAGGCCGCGGACCUCAUUUCGAAGAUCUUGGUCGUAGAUCCAGAUAAGAGGAUCACGCUUGAUGAGAUCACAAAGCACCCGUGGUAUAUCCAGUGUUACACAGGACCUGAGGAGCCCAACCCUGAGCUGAAGAUGAGCAAAGUGGUAGACUUUAGAAUUAUUUACACAAUGGUCACAAAGAUUUCCGAUUGGAGCGCGACAAAAAUCAUACGAUCUUUGAAUAACAAUAGACACAACCAGAUGACUGCGACAUACUUCCUACUAUGCGAGCGCGACAUCCAGGUCAACGGAUACAAGUGGAAUUUUGACGAGCAGCGAAAAUAUGCCGAAGCUCUCAACUUUGAAUUAGAAGAAGACGGAAGGCUCAUAAAGAAAAGCGACUCUGGGGCGAAGGUUGAAGAUACAAACGCAGAUGUGGCCGAGGCUAUUGAGGACUCCCACAGUGAUCCAAAUCUUGAAAACAUUCUUAAGAUUCAACGGGAGGACACUCAAAGCGAUAGGUCCCUUAAUGACUUAGCUUCUGAGCAAGGAUAUGGCCCCGGUCGGAGCAGGUUGCAGAAGUAA